UUAUAACCCUAGUUCCAGAGUGCUCUUGCUCACACUCACACUCUAGUUUGCUUCUCUCACCCAAACCCUUCCGGCGACCCUCUUUUUCUACCGAUGGAACCUCCUUCGGAGCCGCCAGCCACCGGAAAUGGCGCCGGUGAAACCAAAAGCAAGAAUGAACUGAAGCGGGAAUUGAAGAAUAAGCAAAGAGAAGAAGAAAGGAAGCGCAAAGAGGAGGAGAAGGCUAAAAAGGCAGCUGAGAUGCAACGUGCUAAGGAUAACAAAUCUGCACCUGCUGAUGACGAUGAUAUGGACCAAACCCAAUACUAUGAGAAUAGGCUAAAGUAUCUUGCAGCUCAGAAAGCAGAAGGGAAUAACCCGUAUCCGCACAAGUUCUCUGUGACUCUGUCUUUUGAUCAGUACAUCAAGAAUUAUGGAGGCUUAAGCGAAGGGGAGCGCCUUGAGGAUGUCUCUGAGUCUUUGGCUGGCCGAAUCAUGCUCAAGCGAGCCUCUGGUGCAAAGCUUGUCUUUUAUGACCUGUACGGUGAUGGUUUCAAAGUACAGAUUAUGGCUGAUGCAAGUGAAUCAGACUUGGAUGAGGCUGAGUUUACCAAACUCCAUUCUAAUGUGAAGCGUGGUGAUAUUGUUGGUGUCACUGGGUUUCCAGGCAAAAGUAAGAAGGGAGAGCUUAGUAUUUUCCCGAAGAUUUUUGUGGUGCUGUCUCAUAGUCUACAUAUGGUGCCUAGGCAAAAAUUUGAAGGUCACCAAAAAUCUGCUCCUGCUGAUGCUGAUAAUGCAAAUGUGAAGGGACUUCCAUGGGUACCUGGAAGUACCAGGAAUCCUGAAACAUACAUUCUGAAGGAUCAGGAAACAAGAUAUCGGUCACGAUAUUUGGAUUUGAUGCUUAAUCCAGAGGUUCGAGAAAUAUUUAAGACUAGGUCUAAAAUCAUCUCUUACAUUAGAAGGUUCCUUGAUGACCUUGAUUUCUUGGAGGUUGAAACGCCUAUGAUGAACAUGAUUGCUGGUGGAGCUGCAGCCCGUCCAUUUGUAACUCAUCACAAUGAACUUAACAUGAGGUUAUUCAUGCGAAUUGCUCCAGAACUCUAUCUUAAGGAGUUGGUUGUUGGUGGGCUUGAUCGUGUAUAUGAAAUUGGUAAACAAUUUAGGAACGAGGGCAUAGAUUUGACUCAUAAUCCUGAGUUCACCACCUGUGAGUUCUAUAUGGCUUAUCAGGACUACAAUGACUUGAUGGGUAUAACAGAGCAAAUGUUGAGUGGUAUGGUUAAGGAGCUUACAAAAGGAAGCUAUAAAAUCAAGUACCAUGCAGAUGGGAUUGAUAAGGAUCCUAUUGAAAUUGACUUUACACCACCUUUCAGAAGGAUUGACAUGAUUGAAGAAUUAGAGAAGAUGGCAGGCCUCAGUAUUCCCAAAGACUUGUCGAGUGAGGAAGCUAAUCAAUAUCUAAAGGAUGCAUGCUUGAAGCAUGAGAUCAAAUGUCCUCCUCCUGAAACAACUACUCGCUUGUUGGAUAAACUUGUGGGGCACUUUUUGGAAGAAACGUGUGUGAAUCCGACAUUCAUCAUAAACCAUCCUGAGAUAAUGAGUCCUUUGGCAAAGUGGCACAGAUCAAAACCAGGCCUGACUGAACGUUUUGAGUUGUUUGUUAAUAAACAUGAACUUUGCAAUGCGUAUACUGAAUUGAACGACCCUGUAGUACAACGACAAAGAUUUGCUGAACAACUUAAGGAUCGGCAAUCAGGCGAUGAUGAAGCAAUGGCCCUAGAUGAAACAUUCUGUACAGCUCUGGAGUACGGUUUGCCACCAACUGGUGGUUGGGGUUUGGGUAUUGAUCGGUUGACCAUGUUGCUUACGGAUUCACAGAAUAUUAAGGAGGUUCUUCUCUUCCCUGCCAUGAAACCUCAAGAUCACAGCCCAGUGAAAGCAUCGUUUACAGAAGCAUCGUGGCCACAAUUCAGGCUGUGAUGUAGGCAUGUAGCAUCAUUAUAUUGGUUACUGUGGCUGCAACACUAAUAACACUCCGCGACUGGAUUUUGGUGUUGACCGAGGAACAUGAGAAAUUCAAGAUGAUUAAGAUGGGAACUCAGUUUUGAUAUGUGUACUUGAUUAGUAGUCUUGCCAUCGACUGUUCAUACGUCAUCUACACUUACUGAUCUUUCUUCAUGGGCAGUUAGCUAUUCUAUAUUUUGUUUGACUUGAACCUAAUUUAGGUAAAUUAAAACAUAAGCAAAUCGUGUAUUAAAAGCCGAAACCCCCUACAGUACCAUAGUUGUUAUUUGAUUUAUUUGGUUGGAUUGCUCAGACUUCAAUUUGCCGUUUGUUAUUAAGCUUUCACAAUUUGACCUAUCGUUUAAUAGUUACUUGUUAGCUAUCAGUUCAUAAUCUCCAAA